AUGGCAUCAUUCGAUGCGUUUAGCAUGGACGGCGAUGCGUCGGCGCGUGCAUUUGAUGAUGGUAGAUUCACCGGUUACGCCGCCUUCACCAUGCCUGACACUCCACCUUAUUCCGCUGGCGGUGGCGACGGAGUGUAUACUACGGAGUUCGAGGAGUCGGAGUAUGUGACGGUAGAUCACGUAUCGCACUCGGUGGAUAGUUCCGAUCCUUUCGGAUUCGGGUCGAGUCCUGAUUCGGUCCCGGUCUCGAAUGGCAACGGGAAGGCGCCUUAUGAUAUUGGCCAAGAUUCGGAGGGAAUGUUUAGCUCUGACGGGCCGAUCCUUCCGCCUCCCACUGAGUUGCAACCUGAAGAAGGAUUCGCUCUUCGUGAAUGGCGGAGGCAAAAUGCCAUCCGCCUUGAGGAGAAGGAGAAGAGGGAAAAAGAGUUGCAAGCCCAAAUUAUACAAGAAGGUGAAGAGUAUAAACAAGCUUUCUAUGAGAAAAGAAAGCUUAAUGUAGAGACCAACAUGACCUCCAACAGAGAGAAAGAGAAGUUAUACUUGGCCAAUCAAGAAAAGUUCCACAAAGAAGCAGAAAAGCAAUACUGGAAAGCUAUAGCGGAGCUUGUUCCUAAUGAGGUACCCAAUAUUGAGAAGAAGGGAAGGAAGAAGGAUCAAGAGAAGAAGCCAUCAAUAACUGUCAUUCAAGGGCCCAAACCUGGAAAACCUACCGAUCUUUCAAGAAUGCGCCAUUUAUUGGUGAAGCUGAAGCAUAACCCUCCACCUCACAUGUUACCGCCUCCACCUACUCCGGCCAAGGAUGGGAAAGUCAACAAAGAUGGAAAAAAUGUCAAAAACGAGAAAGAUGUGGUGCGUAGUGCAACUGGAUCAGUGGCUAAAGAGGCUCCCAAUGCACCUGCAAAGGAUGCAACUUCUAAUGGUUCUUCACUCUCUACUGAAGAACCCAUUACUCCAGCCAACGGCCAGCCUGCUAGCUGA